AUAUCAAUCCGUAUCUGGGCCCUAGCGGUGUGCGAUUCUUCCUAAUGCAUUGUCGUUAGUCGUUCCUCUAUUUUGCGCACGCGUUUUUUCCGCCAUAUCUCCCGCAAUGGCGCCUGGGAUUCAGCCAUAUGUGACUAAUGCGGUGCGAGAUUGUCACUAUAGUAGACCAAACCACGUGGCGUCGUCUGUGCUGCACGAAAUGGCGACUUUUCGCGGCGCUGUUCGUCCUGCUGACGUGGCGCAUUGCGUCGUCAAAAGACCAUAUCUAAUGCCGAGGAAUCUUCCGCAUUCCUCUAACGCAUUUCACCAACGUCGCAAGGCACACUUCGUACGCGCUAUAAGGCCCGGCUUCGAGGAAAAUAGGUCUGACAGGAGGAAUUUAACUGGCGUACGAUGCUGUAGCAAUGAUGCAGGAGCCAGUAAAAGGCGAGACACGGACGGCGAUUGCAGCACAAGAGCUUAUUUAAUCCGGCAGAAUACCGCCAGAAGCCGAAGCUUCCUAGAUGUCUCGUGCAGCGGAAGCAAUCCCGUGGUUUUCGCUGCCGGUGCUGCUGGAAACCCCCAUCAUAGAACAGACAAGAACCGAGAUGGACGAAGCUGCGAUACAAGCACAUACGAUAGUGGCACAGAGGCUAAGCCGCACGUGAUUGGCAAGAACUGGAAGGAGCAGCUGACAUGGCAUAUGCGGAAUUCGACACUGGCCCUCGCCCUGCUCUCUGCGCCCUUCCUCGCCGCCCUCGUCUCCCCCCUCACACCCUGUCCCCCCACUGGACUCCGCCUCGCCCCCCCAAGUGCCACGGCAGCCACUCUUGCUCCCUCCCUCGCCUCUCAAGGGCCCAGUCAGGGGAGCUCUUCUGCUCCUGGCGCUGCUACCGCUGCCACUGCUGCUGCCACUGCUGCUGACACCGAUGCUGGCGCUGCUACUACUGCCACAGGUACUCGCAGUGGCGCUGCUGCAGCUGCUCAUGCUGCUGACACUGGAACCAUCAACGCAGCCAGUUCUACCACCACCGCUGCCCCUCCCGCCACCUCCUCCCAAUCCACCCUCCCAUCCCCACCACUCUCCACCGCUCUCCACGCCCCCGCGCCCCUUCCCUUGGCCGCCACAUCGCCCAACCUAGCGUCCAUUUGGCAGCGCGUGAUUGGCUCCACGUCAGAGUGGGUGCCCCGGCCGGUAGACGGGCAGAUAGGGCUGCAGGUGGGGCUGCCUGUGCCCCUCUUCGGCCCCUCUGAAAGCCAAAGCCUUUCUGACCCGUCCCACGGCUCGUUCGACUGGCAGCAAGGGCAGCGGCGGGAGACGGGCAUAGGAUCGCUGUUCGCGCCAGGGGGGGCGUGGGGGAAGCUGGUGAGGGAGUGGCGGUGGGCGCGCGUGCAGUACCUGUGGGACGUGCUGCU